GCCCUUUUUAACCACGCCCAUACCGCCUCUCCCAUCUCGUACGCCCAUCCCGUCCACCAUUGUGUUGAUCUGUUGGAUCUGUUUGUCUACUCCGUGGAAAGAACACAAUGCCGGCAUCUGCUGUAUUUAUACUGGAUCUAAAGGGGAAGCCCCUUAUAUCACGUGACUACAGAGGAGACGUUGAGAUGAGCGUCAUUGAUAAGUUUCUUCCUCUAGUGAUGGACAAUGAGGAGGAGGGACUCAUGACUCCAAUACUCAUACACGAGAAAGUCACCUUCAUUUACCUCAAGCAUAGGAAUAUUUAUUUGGUUGCAACUGCUAUUAAGAACGCUAAUGUAGCCGUCAUAUUCUCUUUUCUGCAUCGUAUUAUAGAGGUUUUUCAAGAAUAUUUCAAGGAAAUGGAGGAGGAGAGCAUAAGGGACAAUUUUGUGAUUAUUUAUGAACUAAUGGAUGAACUCAUGGACUAUGGAUACCCUCAAACUACUGAAAGCAAAAUACUCAAAGAAUACAUAACUCAAGAGAGUCAUAAGUUGCAAAUAACUCCGAGCGUACCUGACGCAGUUACUAAUGCUGUCUCAUGGAGGAAGCAAGGCAUCAAGUAUAGGAAGAAUGAAGUGUUCCUGGAUGUCAUUGAAAGUGUUAACCUCCUGGUCAGUGCUAAUGCUCAAGUACUACAGAGUGAGAUUGUUGGUAGCGUCAAAAUGAAUGUCCACCUCACUGGAAUGCCUGAACUGAGACUGGGCCUCAAUGAUAAGAUACUAUUUGAGAACACAGGACGUACUCGCUCUAAAGCUGUUGAGCUUGAAGAUGUCAAGUUCCAUCAGUGUGUGAGGCUCUCACGUUUUGAAAACGACCGAACGAUUUCAUUUGUCCCACCCGACGGAGAGUUUGAGUUGAUGUCGUAUCGUUUGAACACUCAAGUGAAGCCGCUGAUAUGGGUAGAGUCUGUGAUUGAGAGACACUCCCACAGCAGAGUGGAGUAUUUGAUUAAGGCAAAAGGUCAGUUUAAAAGGAGAUCCACUGCAAAUGACGUUGAGAUAUUAAUCCCAGUACCAGCUGAUGCUGAUACUCCUAGGCAUAGGUGUACUGCUGGUACUGCUACUUAUGCUCCAGAGAAGAAUGCACUAUCGUGGAAGAUCAAGUCUUUCCCCGGUGGGAAGGAAUAUGUAUUGAGAGCUCAUUUUGGUCUCCCCAGUGUACAGUCAGAGGAAGGAGAAGGACGGCCACCAAUCUCCGUCAAGUUUGAGAUCCCUUACUUUACAACUUCAGGCAUACAGGUCCGAUAUUUGAAGAUUAUUGAGAAAAGUGGUUACCAGGCCCUUCCUUGGGUUCGCUACAUUACUCAAAAUGGAGACUAUCAGCUUAGGACUCAUUAGUUAGUUGUUUUGUUGUUUUUUUAAUCUUCUGCUUUAUUAAAAAUAAUGUUAGCUGUGAUUAUUAUCUUCAAUUGAUACUUUAAAUUAACC